AACCGACAGGUAAAAAACGGGGCCAAUAGCCGGGGCCGGGUUUUAGUUACUACAUGUACCGUACUUCGUAGGGAGGGGCACAUAAAGUAAAAUGUGAUGACAUACUCCAUAUUUUAAAAAAAAAUCGAUUUUUGAAAUCGUAAAUAUGCUCUCUAUGAAGAAAAUAAUCAUUACAUGAUAUACUCUUGCAAUAUCAUAUUGGUUUAAAAAUCUUUCUCUGUCCGUCAUCAGCCACAAAAAUUCGAGAAUAUCAACAAUUUAUGGAUCGGUAUACAUCGAUGUACUAGCUCGUUGUGACUCACUCAAUCACCAUUAUAUGUUGAGAGCUAUCCUUAUGGUGAAAUUUCAAAUUAUUUUUAGACCUGAGUGCAGGGAUAUAAAAUCCACAAACUUAAGUGUUUAUAUAAACGGGAAAUUUAUGAAUCCUGGUACUCAUUUUUGAUACAGUCUAAAGAUAUGUUGUGUCGAUGUUCUUCGAGAGUAUGGAAAAUUAAUGUCAAAGUCACGAAGUAUUCGCUUCGAGGUAGGGUAUGGACCGUGAUUUUCUGAUCAUAUGCAGAUAAUUACAGAAAUUUCUUUGAACAGUAAGCAAGUGCUCAAGAAUUUAAGUAUUUAAUGUGAAAUAAAAUACCACAACGCACAAAUGGAAUAUGCGGCUAAUGUAAGAUAUUUUUCUUCUCGAUUAUUCCUUUGUGCAAAAUAUCAAUCUUCGAUAAAAAAUAAUUAGAAUUCAUCGAAAUGUUUACAACUGUACACAAAGAUCAGCAUUUAUUCUAGGAAUAUUACUACUAUCAGACCUUGCUGCACAAAUCUCCUCUGUGUUGUCUGAAAGCACUGACAGACUCGGUCGAUUCUCGUCCUAUGCCUUAGUGAGGUACAAGCGCUCAUACUCAUACACGGCAGAAAAUCUAGAAAAUGGCUCGUAUUUUCACAAGUCCAGUGUAUCGUGACAUGAACUCUCCCCCGUUCUUCGUCCGGAAUCCAUGAUUCGUUGACUCAUGUUUAAACACUGAUAAAAAUAUUUUAUUUGCACUUGUUACAGGUGUUGCCUCGUGUCGUGUGUCAUUUUAAAUGCAUAUACAUUGUAGGUGCUCGUGAUGAAACGGUAGACGGUAUUGUCGCAGUGUUUUUACAUACCUCUAGUGGAGUAUAAUCCGGAAAACAGUAUGAGAAUAUUAUGUCGAGGAUGUUCAUUUCUGGAUUGUCUACUUAAGACAUAUAUGUUUUUAGAGAUCAUAAUAGUUACCUGCCAUGUGUCCGUAACAGAUGCAAAUGUCUGCACUGGAACCUGCGAUGACAAGAUAUAUGAUAUUCAAACUGGUUGCAAAGAAUACGACGAUAGGGUGACGAAAUAUGAAACAGAAUUAGAUUCUAGUCACAACAAUACAAACUUAUGUCGAAGCCUGGUUGACUUUCUCUUGUGUGUUGGGAAUAUUGCUCCGGUGUGCCUAGAUAAAAUUAUAGAAGUAAAAAGCCCAUACUUCCACAGUCCUCACGACUGUCAUUUCAGUGACGAGGAAUAUUCUGAAAUUCAGCGCUACAAAUCUUGUAAACAUCUCCAUCAAUCUACUACCGCCAGUAGUAUAACUUACCCCACUCUACCUAGUCGGACCUAUGAAUCCAACGCGUCUUCGGUCACAUUCCAAACUUCAAGACCAACUAACCAACAACACAAGGAGUCCAACUCUUCCAGGAAUUUACAUUUCAGUCAUGAGACAUUCGUGAUUAGCGUACUCCUGUUUUUCGCAGCAGGCCUAGAGUAUCAAAGUUGAGAAACCAAAACAUGUCAUAACAUAUGUUUAUUACGUUAUGUGUUUAACAAAGAGAUGGAUAUGUUAUAUAACGUCUUUCAGAUUGCCAAACCUUCGAAAUGUGACUGAUUGUUUAAUUGCUAGUAUAAAUCCUUCUGUACAAAUGUAAAUACUAGUAUAUCAAAGUCCACAUUACUUUUGCCAUAAAUGUUUUUAUAUUUCAGUAUUAUAUCAGAGCAUUUAGCUACAUGUUUUAAAGACCGAGGUCUCAAAUUGUCUUUCCUCGCUCCAGUGAAGUUUUAUUAGUAUGGGUCAGGCCUGGAGGUUAUAAAGCGUUAUCGUACUCAUACUCAAACUGGUUUUGAGUACAACUCUGAGCAAGCUUCAAUGCAUACUCGAAAAAUCUUGAGCAUGUACUGCAUUUGAGUGUGAAAAUGAUUUUUUAUAAAAGUUCUAUAACCUUCACUUCUGAGUAUGAGUGCGAUUUAGAGCACGGAGUUGGAGUUUGAAAACGUGCUCAAACAAGUUUUAACUUCCAGGCCAAAUGUUUUGGAAGGAUACCUACAUGUAUUUGAUUGAGUGUAAAAUUGUGUGUAUGUUUCGUUGUUUUCAUGUAGUACAAUGCGUUUCCUGUAUUUUUCUUGUUUUAUGGUUUGUAUCGGUUGUGAAUUUCAUCUUCCUGUAAAUAUCAAGUUGUUGAUCUGCUAAUUCUUACAUUCCACUUUUUAAAAAAAGGUUUAUAUGGACAGUACGGUAAAUAUAGACAGUAGUAAUGUUUUCCAGCCAUGGAUUUGUUUUGCUUCCGGUUUUUAUUACAAAAGCUAUUACACCGUGUUUCAAAUGGGUUUUCAGUCUUUGAAAAUCUCUGCGUUGAACACAAUCAAAGAAUAAUGGCUUCAUUUGUAACGCAUGAAGCGACCAUAGAGGCGUAAUAAUGUGAUAAGGUUUUUAAUAUUCUUCUCGAAUAGAAAUUCUGACGUUUUGCUCCGUUGACAUUUUCUACUUUAAGUGUCAAUUUGCUCGGAAGACGCCUUCUUUGAAAUAAUUAAGACUUAGAUUAACCAAGAGUUUUUGUUGAUAAAUUGGAUAAAAAAGAAAAGAAAUUAGAACUGUUUAAUGGCCGACGCCGUCGCUUAUCUAAUACUAUUGUAUGUAUGCUUAGAUAAGUCAUUUAUAUUGUUGAGACAAUCACUUUUUGAUUUGUGAUAUAUUUGUUUAUCGUUAUGUGGCAGCUUCGAUAUGAAACACCAAUGAAUAUAUUAUAUAUGAAAGCUUACAUGUAUAUGAAUAAAUUCAUACGAUAUUUUGUAAAUCCUGAUUUGAGUGAUCUGCUGUUGGGUGCGAUGGCUGACAGGGUACUAGAAUAUUUGUGAGAUAUUUGUGUUCGGAUGAAAGUUUUGAGAAUAUGUGCUUUGUGAAUAUGUUCUAUUUAAAAUUUUGUUCCAUAAAUAAAAGGUGCUUUAUUUUU